AAAGUAUACAAGCAGGAUAAAUAUUUCAGAUUGAAAUGUCCUGCCUCAUGGCCAUGCACAAUUUGGGAUGAAACGGAGCAGGGGUAGGGUGUGCGGGUGUGCAUGUAAACACGGGGGAUGGGAGAAUCCUCUCCAACAGGAAACUACACAUUUGCUGCUCCGUUAAACUGGAGGCAGAGUGGCUCAGAAUCAGGAAAUCAGACUCCUUUUUUUUAGCAGAAGUUUUUUUUAAAGCAAAAUGAAAAAUAUUUGGUACCUCUGGAUCUCCAGCAUCCUUUUGCCAUGGUCUGAGAUAUCUGGACAUCCUUGUAACAUUGAUAAAAUGGGGAACCCUUCAGUGUGCAGUGAUUCCUUAACUCCUUUCCAACAAGCAGUGCCAGAAAAAGAAGAACUCCAUACUCAAGAAAUCAGAACUUCGGAUUAUGAGACUGUGAGCCACAGAAGAAAACUUCAUUUCCUUCAUAUUGUGGCUACGAAGAAGCCAUCACCAUUAGAAAAUGCUACAGCAGCUAUUACCACACCUUCUACUGUAACAGCUGGGAAAAACUGGAUCUACUUUGCUGGUUUUGUGCUUUUGGCUAUCAUCAUCUCUCUCCUGAUUGCAUUGAUUGUCAAAUGCAAAUUGCUCCAGAAAAAGCAUGCCAGCUAUCAUCAUCAACGGUUGUCCGAUUCUCGCUCCGUUGGAAGCAGCCAUAUUGAGGAAGGAGACAUGGACAUGAUGUAUGGGAGGAACCAACCAAUAAGUGGAGCUUCUGAGUGCUAUCCAGAGGAUGAUGAUGGUUUCAUAGAAGAUAACUAUAUUGUGCCCAAUCAAGACUUGAAGGAGGAAGAGGAGGAUCUGGAGUUGGAACCUCAUUUCAAAGUUGGAAGAUCCUUUUAGGAACAGAGUUCAGUUUGUUAUGUGUGCAUAGAGCCUAUUUUAUUUUAAAGGUUCCUGAUACUUUCAUUAUAGUAGGAAACUGAUAAUGAGCCCAAAGGCAAAUUUGACUCUGGGCAAAGAGGUCAGCCGCACGCCUGCAGUGGUUAGAGCUUAGUACUGCAUGUUUUCCUAAAUAUUAGUCCAGUGGAAGUCUGAGUUCUCUCUUACACACACUCAACCCGUUCUCUUGCUUACACCCAGACAGACACAUACUUGGUUCAUUCUUUUGUAUUUGUUUUUCUUGUAUACAUACAUCAACCACAAUUUUUUACAGCUUACAUUAUAACUGGUGGAGGUUUCGAAAGAGUCUGUUUGAAGCAUAGGAAAUAAUUUUUCAAAUGAACUGCAGCAUUUGGCAAGAGCAGUUUGUCCUCCAUGACUUUCCCCUAAAACCCCACAUGUGCCUUGACAUCAAAUAAUUGUUUUUUAAAAGCUUGAUUGCUCUGUGGGUUAAGAAAAAACUGUUUCCAAGCAGCUGGUGGGAAGGACUUUGCCCCUGGGCCGCAUUAACCAUCUUCCAUAAAUGCUAUGAAUCUCAUUGAAGAAGUUUCCUCAACCUUAUCACAACUAGUGAGUGCUACCUGUGGGUGUGGGAAGCUUAAAUGAUUGCCACAAAAUGAUACAAAAAAAGAAAAAAAAUAGAUCUAAACUGAUGUUGCUAUAAUAACAGUUUGAGAUUCUCCUUUUUCCUGAAAACUCACUGAUUUAUUAAAAGGAAUUUGGAGCAAGUGCUUCAUUGCUGUUACUAAGCCUUUCUUUAUUACAGUAGUUAUUACAGCAUAAUUGGGACAUCCUGACAACUGUAGUCAGGGCCGGAUUUAGAUGAAAAGAGGCCCUAGGCUAUUCCACUUAUGAGGCCCUUUCACCUAUAGUGAAAGUGUAAUUUUAAUUUUGCUAACAAUUUGAAUGUAGGCCCCUCUUGAUCUUGAGGCCCUAGGCUGAAGCCUAGUUAGCCUAUAGGAAAAUCCGGCCCUGACUGUAGUUUUUACUUUUGCCCCUAUGAUGCUGGCCUUGCUUUAUAUUAAGGACAAUAAUUAUGCUAUCUGUCCUGGUCAGUGGUGGGAUUCAGCCGGUUCUCUCUGGAUUGCACGAACCGGUAGUGGUGACACUGGGAGGCUCCUCCCACCCGCUCAGACGUAAUGCACGACUACUGCGCAUGCACAGAGGUAGCGCGUGCGCUCACAUUUGCGAACCAGUAGGGAAGGUAAGUGAAUCCCACCUCUGGUCCUGGUGUUGGCUAGAUAGGGAGUUCUUAACUUACAACCAUUCGUUUAGUGAGCAUUCAAAGUUACAAUGGCACUGAACAAAAAUGACUUACGUUCCUUCCAUUUAUGACUGUCACAGCAUUCCCACAAUCAUACAAUCAAAAUUCAGGUGCUUGGCAAUCAGUAUAUAUUUAUAAUGGUUGCAGCAUCCCAGGUUGAUGUGAUCUCCAUUAGCAACCUUUCCCAGCCAGUUUCUGCCAAGUAAAGUCAAUGGGAGAAGCCAGAUUCACUUAAUGACAGCAUGUUUCACUGCUGUUUAAUUGCACUGAUUUGUUUAAGGACCAUGGCAAGCAAGGUUCUAAAAUUGGGUGUGACUCAUCUAACAAUUGCCUUGCUUGGAAAUUCUGGCCUCAAUUGUGGUCAUAAGUCGAGGACUACCUGCACCACAAAAUAUCCACCAAUUGCAAAAAACCAAGGAGUUAGGGUGCUCAUGCCAGCAUCAUUCAAAUGCUGUGCUAUGCUAACAAUUACUACUACAAUAACCUCAGUGUUAUUGCUUGACAGUAUACGGAAACAAGCAAAUUUCCCCUUGUGGAACAUGUGCCACUGUUGGCCACAUGUUAGAAUACUGUAGUAGACAUUAAACAACAAAGAGAAUGAUGCAACUACAACAAGAAGAAAGUAUCUAAUGCCCUAAAAUCACCAGGUUUGUCUUCUGACAGCCACAGUCUGUGGAUUGAAAUGGAGGUGUGUUUUUUUUGUCUUGUUAUCUAAUCAUAUUUCAAAGUGAUAGUAACUAGUAGAUUUGCUUGGUGUGUAAAGAGCGUGGGAAUUCUGCAACAUUCACUGUAUAUUCUCUUCUCAUUGUGUAUGCAAUAAUUAUGUCUCAGUAAAUUUUCCCAUGCAUGGUUGGUAAGAUUUAAUUAAGCAUCACCAAUUUCUGUAUGAUGAAAAAUCUGAAAUAAUGGAUUUGUACAAAAACUGCAGUAACCUUCUCAUUAGUUUCUCUUUAUAUUUACCACAGAUUGUGCAAUUUUGUUUGACUUCCUUUGACUUCCAACAAUCUUAAUAAUUAAUUAAUUAAAAUAUUGUCAUAAUUUCUCAUCAUUUCUUCUUUGCCCCAUUCCAGAGUUCUUCAAAGCUUUAAACAGCCUCUUUUGUAAAUCCAAUAAGAAAAAAUUAUCCAAGUCACA